AGGGACGAGCUAUGGUUUAUUGAAUUUGGACGUGGUGCUGCAUUACCAUUAACACCAGAUGAACAACCAAUUAUAAAUGAUGGUGAUACAAUAAUAAUACCAUGUGCACAAGGACGUAUUGUUAUUGAAACAGCACAUCCAGCACCACCACAUUUUGCAACAUGUUCAACAUACAGACAUCAUACACUUGUUGUUUGUGAUUCAACAAAUAUUAUACAAAAACAAUUACAAUUACAAUUACAACAACAAAAUAAACAACAAUCAUUAUCACCACCACAAUCAUUGUCAUCACCAUCACCACUCCAACAACAACAAAAUUCAACAUUUAUAGAUUCAUCAUCAUUAAAUAAUAUUAAUCAACAAUCAUGUCUUGGUGCUGUAUCAAAAAAAUUAUAUCAACGUCAAUAUACAAUAAAUAAUAAUAAUAAUAAUAAUACAUCAUUAAGACCAGAAGAACUUGAUAUAACACCAUUUUAUUUUGAUGAUAAUGAUGCAAUAAUAAAUGAUGAUAAUUACUAUUAUGAUAAAUGCUCGAAUCCCUCAUCAUCAAAAAAUAAUUAUAAUUAUAAUGAUAAUAAUAUAACACGACGACCAAAUAUAUAUUCAAUAAUAAAAGACGAUAGUGGUGAUAGUGAUAUUAUACAACAACAACAUACACAAACAAAAUUACCAAGAAAAGCAUAUAUGGAUUUAAAUGAUGCAAUUGCAUUACUCGAUGAAACAUGUCCAAAUCCAGAUGCAAGUCCUUCAUUGAUAACUAAAAAACAACACGAGUUAUUAAAUACACGUAAUAAACGUGCACGUUCAAAAAGUAGUGAUAAUAGUAAAAAUUUAAGUUGUGAAAAAAUAAAUGAUAAUAAAAAACGUCCAUUUUUACGUAAAAUUGGUAUAUCAAAAACUGAAGAUAGACCAUUUUUAUUAUCAAAAUUAACACCACGUAUUAUUGGUAAACCAUAUUUAGAAAAAAUUGGUCCAAGUAAAGCUGUUGAAAGGCCAUUUUUAGAUAAAAUUGGUCCAUCAAGAACACUUGAUAAAUUUACAUUUGAAGCACUUAAAGAAUUACCAAGAUCAAUGAUUAGAAGAACACAUACAACUGUUGAAACAUCAACAAUACAAAGAACUAAAAGUGAUUAUCCAAAAGAUAAUAAUGUAUUAGUUGUUGAAGAAGCUGAAGAACCUGAAACAUCAUCAUUACCAUCAUUACAUAAUAAUACUAAUAAUUAUCAUCAACAUCAUCAUCACAGUGGUGGUGGUGGUAUUGAAAGAAAACGUAGUGGUAAAGGACUUUUAUUAAAAAUGUAUUCAUUUGAUUCAGAUGAUUUAAAUGAUGUUCCAUCAACGUCAAUGAAAAUAAAUCAAUCAUCACUUGAUAAAACAAAUGAAGAAAAUGAAAAUCAAGAUGAAAAUAAACAAGUAGAAAUUGUAAAUGAAUUACAACAAGAAGAAAUUGAAUAUAUAGAAAAAGAAGAAGAAGAAAUAAUUAGUCCAAAAUCAUUACCACAAAUAAAUAAUCAAUUUAAACCAGAACUUGUUAAAUGUCGUGUUACAACAAGUGAAGAAAUAAUAUCUGGUAGUAGUGGAAAUAUUGAAAUAUCACGAGAAACAAGUAGUUGGUCAAAUACACCAAAAUUACAAAUGAAAAAAUUAACAACAACAACAAAAACAACAUUUAAAAAAUCAAAUAAUGAAAAUAGUGAUGAUGAAAGUAUACCAAAUUCACCAACCAAAAGAAGAAUAUCAAAAGUAUCACCAGAGCCACAAUUACCAAUACGUAUUAUACCAGUUAAAACAAAAAAUUCAUCAUUACCACGGGACAUUGAUUUAUCACCUAAAAAAACACGUCGUCAAGAAUCAGAUGAAAAAAUUGAUGAUAAAUUAAAAUUCAAUGAAUUAAAAUAUAUUGAUGAUAAUAAUAGAAUUGGUAGUGGUGAAUUAAUACAAUUGAGUUUUUGUAAAAAAAAAUUUAAUGAUAAUAUUGAAAAAUUUGGUGGUAGUAAUUUUAAAAAUUCAAUAACACGUAGACAAAUAUCAGAGGAUAUACUUGAUAAAACUGAAUUAGUUAAAACAAAUACAUAUUGUAAAUAUAUUGAUGAUAGAAUGGGUAUAUCAUCUGAUAAUUUACAAUAUUCACGUGAAACAAUUGUUGAAUCAGCACCAUCAGCAUCAUCACUUGGUUAUCAAAGUGGUGAUUCAUCAUUUACAAGUUAUCGUUCAUCAAAUAAUAGUCAAGAUAUGUUACGUUGUACAUUUAAAUUAUUACAAAAUAAAUAUGAAUUACAAGAUGUACCAGCUGAAAGUUAUGCUGCAUUUAAAUUAAGAACACGUGGUAAUUAUCAUUCACUUGAUAGAUAUAAUUAUUUUAAUAAAACUACAACAACAACAACAACAACAACAACAACUGUUGAUGAUUCAACAUCAAUUAAUAAACAAAAUAAUGAUCAAGAUCAAGAUGAUGAUGAUGAUGACGAUGAUGAUAAACCAAAAGUAUCACAUGAAUCACGUUUAACUGAAACAAUUAUUGAUAAAAAUAUGAAAAGAAGUGGUACAAUUAAAUCAGUAUUAAGAAAACAAAAUAAAAUUGAUAUACGAGAUGAUGAACAUGAUAAUAUAACAUCAUCAUCAUCAUCAUCAACAAUUAAAAAUGAUAACAAUAAAAAAUUAAUACACGAACCAUCACAAGAAACAAUGGAAUUAUUGACUGAAUUAAAAAAAGUAAAAAGUUUAUUGAAAACACCAUCAGAAGAAAAAUGUGAUUGGAGCUGUGAUGGAAUAAUAAAAGUACGUAUACCAAAAAAAAUAUCAUUAUCUGAUAAAGAAUUUUGUUUAUCAGUUGAACGUGAAAAUAGCAUAAGACGUGUUACAAGUGUUAAAUUAAUAAAAGAUAAUUGUAAAAAAAUUGAAGAAAUUAUAAAUGAUAAUAGUGAUAAUAUAAUUAUAAAAAAUGAUGAUGUUGAUGUUGAUGUUAAUGUUGAAACUAAUAAAUCACAUGGUUCAUCAUUAUUUGAAAAAAAAUGUUUAUCACUUGAUUAUGCUGAUGAUGUUAAAUCAAUAAAACCAGAUCCACGUGCAAUAUCACUUGCAUCAGAAAGAACAACACCAAAAUCAGAUGAUGAUGAGACUGAUGGCUCAUCUGGCUCUUGUUUAUUGUGUGAAUCAAAAAGUUGUUUAUCUGAUGUAUUUAUACAAUCACCAUGUGAAAAAAAUGCUGAUGAAUUAACUAAUAAUAAAAUUGAUAUUAUUAAAAAAAAUAAUAUUGAUAAUGGUAAUAAAUUAUUGGAUAUUGAUAUUGCUAUUCCAAUUGAUAUUAAAAGAUCAAUUAGUCCAAGAAGACGUUUUAAUAUACAAGGAAGAACAAGUGAUGUUUAUGAAAUAAUAUCACCAAGAACAACACCAUUUAGAAUGAAAAAACGUCUUGGUAGAAUAUCCGUUGAAGAAAGUGUUAAACAAGAAAGUUUUACACUUGAUGAUAAAGUUGAUUGUAGAACAAUUACAAUACAUAAAAAAACAAAGUGUUUUCCAUUGUAACCAACGUUAUUGAGUCUACGUUUUAUUGGUAAUUAUUUUUUUUCAUUUUCUUUUUUUUUUUUUUUACUAUUUUUCUUUAGGUAUUUCGAUAGCCAAUAUAACGUGGGCUCUUCUUGGACCAUUUUUUGUAUUUUCUUAUAAAUAUAAAACAACAUCAACAUUUAUUUCAUUAUUUAAAAAUUUAUAAAUAAAUAAUUAUUCAAAUAUUUUUAUUACAAAAUAAAAAAGCAAAGAAAUUGAUUUUAUAUUUAUUUUUUUUUUCUUCUUUUUUCAUUGGAAUUUUAAAUAAAAUUUUUACUGUCAAAUAAUUUUUUUAAAUUGUAACAAAUUUAUAAAAUAUUUAUUACAAUUUUUAUGUAACAUACAAGUGUGUGUGUCUGUGUGUGUAUGUGUGUGAUUAUUUUUUUAAAUUUCUUAAUUUUUUUGGGAUUAAAAAUACUGUGGAUAUUUGAGGUGAGAUAAAAUAGAAAUAAAAAAAAAAAAAGGGAAAUAACGAUCAAUGCUAGUCGUAUAUCGUUAAAUGAGAAUAAUUUUUAUUCCAAGAUGAAAAUGCCUUGAGGGAGAAAAACGUAUUGAUCGUUUUUAUUUUAUUCUCAUGGGAAAUUUUACGUCCAUUCAGUCAUAUAUUUUUAUUAUAAACAAUUAUAUUUAUUUAGCUGGAAAAAAAACUAAUUCAUUCAUUCAAAAAUGCUAGUUUUUUCAUGAAAAAAAAAUAAUGCACAAAACUUAGUAAAUAACAAACGAAAAAUAAUUAAUAAAUUGAUUGAAAAUAGUAGAAAUGAAAUUUCAUUAUUCAUUAUAAAUUCAUUGAAAUAUAAAUUUAAUAAUUAACUGAAUUAAAAAAAAAUCCAGCUGAUGGAUUUAAUGGAGAAUAAAAAAAUAGUCCAAUGAUUUUUUUUUUCAAUGUUAAAAAACCUACAAAUAAUAAAAUACUAAAUCUACAAUUAUAUUACUAUUAAUAUUUAAUUAGUAAAAUUAUAAAUAAAUUAAAUAUUUAGGAAAGAUUAAUAAAAAUGGAAACGAACAUCGUGAAGUUUUUUUUGCGAGCAGUGCCUUGUUUAUAGAUAAAAAAAAAUAUAUGUAUUUAAUGAAAAUAAAUAUGUGAAAAUUAAAUAAUAUAAAAAAAUCUAUUAUUGAAAAAUUCCGACAGCGGGCCGGAUUUUAUGAAAGGGUCCACAAGAGAAUUGCAACCUUGAAAAAUAAAUUUUACAAAUUAAAUUAACUGUCUCCAUCCAAAAAAUAUGAAAAAAAAAAUUUUUUAAUUUUAAAAAUAGUUUAAAAAUCAUGCUCUUUCAUUUUUCUACAAGCAAAUAAAUAAAUUGAUUAAUAUAAUAAAUAUUCAAAUAACUAUAAGUAAAUGUAAUUAAAUUUAUUUAUUUUUGCUAUUAUUUUAAUUUUUUUUCUUAACGAGGUUGCAAACUCCCACGCAGUUGCGUCUGCCUGCCAAGCCUUUUUUCCAUUUGGAGAGGCACGUGAUGUUUAAAAACACUCUAAAAACAUAAAAAAAAAAAAUAUAUAUAUAUAAUAAAAAUAUUAAUAAUUAAUAAUGAAUAUAUAUAUUGUAAUAUUAUUGUAAUAAUUUUUCUUGUAAUUUGUCUAAAUGUCUAGAAACAUGAGAAAACGAUAAUUAUUCUCAAAUUAAAAUACGCAGAAAGUAAUAUUAAAAGUAAAAAAACUCAAAAAAAAAAAAAAAAAUUAGAUAGUAUAUAAAUAGUUGAAUAUAUUAAGAAUAAACAUAGAAUAAUAAUGAUAUUAAUAGCAAUUAAUAAAAAAUAAUUAAAAAAAAAAAACAAAAAAAAAAUAUAGUAUAUUGUUGCAUUGAUCGAAUAUUUGUACGUAUUUGUUAAAUAUUUAGAUAAUAAGUAAAAAAAAAAACACUUUGUGUAAAUAAUUAUACAAAUAAAAAUAAUUUGAAAAAAAAAUAUAAUAAAAAGGUAAAUUAAUAAAGAUUUAAAAUUAUUUAUGUGCCAAUUAACAUUUAUUUUGAAAAAUAAAAAAAAAUAUAUAUUAAAUUUAAAAUAAAUAACAGAGGUAAAAAAUUAUUUAUCGAAUUAUAAAAUAUGCGUGGGUUUUAUUACAAAAUAAAACAAAAGGUAAAUUUUACGUAGCAUAUAUAUUUUCCAAUUAAAAUAAUAUAUUAUGUCACGAGAUUAAAAAUAAACAAGCUAAAUUUUAUAGUAAAUUUUUCAUUUGUCAACAGAUUUUUAUUGAAAAAUUCAAAAAAAAUAAAUAAAAUAUUAUAUUACAGAGUUAAUUUAGGACAUUGGUAUGAAAUAAUGAUUAAUUGAAUUAUUGAUAAAUUUAAAAUUGAAUAUGAAUAUUUUAAAAGCUACAAAAAUGAAAAAAAAUAAUUUUAAAAAUUAUCCAAAAUGUGUACGGUUAUUUUUUCGAAAUUUUAUCUCGAUAAUUUCGUUGGUAAAUAUUUUAUUUUUAUUUUCUUUUCUUAUCUUUGAUAAAUGGCUUAUACCGGAACAAACAAUAAGAUAACUGGCCAAAAAAAAAAAAAAAAAAAAAAACAGGGUUUAAAAGUUUUAUCUUGUAUAUUUAUUGAGAAAUUAUUUAUGAUUUAUUUUGCCAAUUACGGCAGACAUCCGUCCAUCAUUUUGGCAAUAUAUUAUUACUGACCACAAUAUAUUUUUAAAAACUGUAAAAAAAGAAAAUUUAUAUCAUGAAAAUUGAGUUAAAUUAAAGUACACACUUCAGUGUAAUUAGGAAAUUUAUUUUCAUGCUAGCGAGAUUUUAUGUUUUGCAUAA